AUGGGUGACUCCCUAGAUGGGAGCGAAAAUGCCUCUGAGGCCCAAAAUGUCGUGGUUGUUGAAUUUCAAGAUUUUGCAAAUUACCUUCGGAGAGCUGCAACGGUACUCCUACCUGAAGAUGACAUCGUUCCGCCGGCGUUGAACGUUGCUCUAGAAGAUAAAGUGAAUCAAGAUUGUAUUAGAAAGUUCAUAUCUGAUCCUCAAGUGUCAUCAUUAUACGUCCAGCGAUUUUCGUUAAAAGAUGAUGACAGUGAACAACCAACAGAAGGUGAAGAAGAAAAGGAAGCUGUCAACUAUCAAAUCAGCAAUGAGGUGCAUUUCACAUCACCACGAGUGGCAGCAUUUGUCUGCAUUAAACGAGGAGCUGUGAUUGAGGCUGAUAAAUCCAUACAUAGUCAAUUACGCCUCAUCAAUCUCUCUGAUGGCUCACCAUAUGAGACCUUACAUGCUUUCAUCAGCAAAACUAUGGCGCCAUUUUUCAAGAGCUAUGUUAAAGAAAGUGGCAGAGCUGACAGGGAUGGUGACAAAAUGGCGCCGUCGGUGGAGAAAAAAAUUGCAGAGUUAGAGAUGGGGCUGCUGCAUCUCCAACAGAACAUUGAUAUUCCUGAGAUCACUCUGCCUGUCCAUCCAUUAGUUGCUGCUGUUAUAAAAAAAGCUGCUGAUGAAGGUCGAAAGCCGCGUGUCGCUGAUUUUGGCGAUAAAGUGGAAGACUCAACAUUCUUGAACCAACUACAAAAUGGAGUCAACCGCUGGAUUAAAGAAAUACAAAAAGUCACCAAACUUGACCGUGACCCAUCAAAUGGUACAGCUUUACAAGAAAUAUCUUUUUGGCUCAAUCUAGAGCGUGCACUUCAUCGUAUUCAAGAAAAACGAGAAAGUAUUGAGGUUGCUUUAACAUUAGACAUACUGAAAUAUGGUAAACGUUUCCAUGCCACUGUCUCAUUUGAUACUGACACUGGACUAAAACAAGCACUAGCUACUGUCUCUGACUAUAAUCCACUCAUGAAAGACUUUCCUAUCAAUGAUCUGCUUAGUGCCACUGAACUCGAGAGAAUCAGGUUGGCAGUGCAACAAAUAUUUUCACAUCUUCGCAAAAUCCGAUCCACUAAAUACCCCAUUCAACGUGGUUUGAGACUAGUCGAAGCCAUAUCUCGCGAUUUGGGACAACAACUUUUAAAGGUUUUGGGUACUAGACGCCUGAUGCACAUACCUUUUGAAGACUUUGAACGAGUCAUGACACAGUGUUUUGAAGUUUUCUCUUGCUGGGAUGAUGAAUAUGAAAAACUGCAAGGGCUUCUACGUGAUAUCGUAAAGAAGAAGCGUGAUGAACAUCUAAAGAUGGUAUGGCGUGUUUCUCCGUCCCACAAGCGGCUUCAGGCGCGCAUGGAGCACAUGCGUCGCUUCCGAAGGCAUCAUGAACAGCUUCGCACUGUUAUGCUUCGGGUCUUACGUCCCCGAGCGAAUGUGAACACUGAGCAGGCUGUAGGAGAAGUUACCCAACCACACUCGCUGCCCAUGGACGCGGCUGACGCUAAUGCGAUUGCCGAGGUUAACCUAGCAUAUGAGAAUGUGAAGGAAGUGGAUUGUUUGGACAUCUCACGAGAAGGAUGUGACGCUUGGGAGGCGGCUGUACGCCGAUAUGAAGACAGGAUUGAUCGCGUGGAGACUCGUAUAACAGCUCAUCUCCGCGACCAGCUGGGCACUGCUAAGAACGCUAAUGAGAUGUUCCGCAUAUUUUCGCGUUUCAACGCGCUUUUUGUUCGCCCGCAUAUACGUGGCGCCAUCCGCGAGUACCAAACGCAACUCAUACAGCGUGUCAAGGACGACAUUGAGACUCUGCAUGAAAAGUUUAAGGUGCAAUACCCUCAGUCAAAAUGCAGCCGGUUGUCCUUGGUGCGCGAUUUGCCUCCCGUUGCCGGCUCGAUAAUCUGGGCUAAGCAGAUUGAUCACCAACUCACUGCUUACCUUAAGCGAGUAGAAGACGUUCUAGGCAAAGGUUGGGAAAACCAUAUUGAAGGUCAGAAGUUGAAAGCUGAUGGUGAUAGUUUCCGCCUCAAAUUGGACACUCAAGAAGUAUUUGACGAUUGGGCACGAAAGGUGCAACAACGAAAUCUCGGCGUGUCCGGGCGAAUUUUCGCCAUCGAGUCAGUGCGUGCUCGAUCCAGCAAAACUGGUACAAUCUUGAAACUGAAAGUAAACUUCUUGCCUGAAAUAAUAACGCUCUACAAAGAAGUACGAAACCUGAAAAAUCUUGGAUUCAGAGUACCUUUGGCGAUAGUCAAUAAAGCGCACCAGGCAAAUCAACUUUAUCCAUUUGCGAUAUCGCUGAUCGAAAGCGUUCGUACCUAUGAACGCACCUUAGAAAAGAUCCGUGAUAAAGCUUCGAUCAUACCACUAGUAGCGGGCUUACGCCGUGAUGUACUCAACCAGGUGUCUGAAGGUAUGGCUCUCGUUUGGGAGUCAUUCAAACUGGAUCCUUAUGUGCAAAAGUUGAGCGAAGUCGUGCUACUGUUCCAAGAGAAGGUUGAAGAUUUACUAGCCGUAGAAGAGCAGAUAUCAGUAGAUACCCGUUCAUUGGAGACAUGUCCAUAUUCGGCGCAGAGCCUCGCGGAUAUCCUAAGUCGUCUGCAGCGCGCCAUUGAUGACCUCUCGUUGCGGCAAUACAGCAAUCUUCAUUUAUGGGUGCAACGCCUUGAUGAGGAGGUCGAGAAAAAAUUAGCGGCGCGUCUGCAAGCUGGUAUAGAAGCAUGGACAGCAGCAUUACUUGGCAAGGCAAACGAACUUGAUCUGUCAAUGGAUACUUACUCUCCAGCUGUUCCUACGCAUAAGCCUGGAGGAGAACCACAGAUUGCCCGUGUGGUGCACGAAGUCCGUAUAACGAACCAGCAGAUGUACUUGUUCCCGUCGCUUGAGGAGGCGCGGUUCCAGCUGAUGCGCCAAAUGUUCGCGUGGCAAGCCAUCGUCACCAGUCUACACCGUCUGCAAAGCACCAGAUACCAGGUUGGCGUAGCUCGUGCUCAAACCGUCACAUACAGAAACCUGUUGACGAAGUUGCCUGGCGGUUCGUCGCCUCUUGAGAACGCAUACGACGCCAUUGAGAAAAAAAUAUCGCAAGUGCGCGACUAUGUGGAUGAAUGGCUACGUUAUCAAGCACUUUGGGAUCUCCAACCUGAAACAUUAUAUGGACGCCUUGGAGAAGAUAUUACUUUAUGGAUCAAGUGCCUAAAUGAUAUUAAAAAAUCGCGCACGACAUUCGAUACAUCAGAUACGAGGCGGGAGUACGGGCCCGUGGUGAUAGACUUCGCACGCGUGCAGAGCAAAGUGGCGUUGAAAUACGAUGCGUGGCACAAGGAGGUGCUCGGCAAGUUCGGCGCGCUGCUCGGAGGCGAGAUGGUGCAGUUCCACGCACGCCUUGCCAAGUCCAGAGGACAACUCGAGCAGCAGACCAUUGAGGCAGCUUCUACUAGCGAUGCAGUAUCUCUUAUCACUUACGUACAACAACUAAAACGCGAGGUGCUAGCGUGGGAAAAGCAAGUUGAAACCUACAAAGAAGCACAACGCAUCUUGGAACGUCAAAGAUUCCAGUUUCCCUCACAAUGGCUGCAUGUUGAUAACAUCGAAGGCGAAUGGAGCGCAUUCAAUGAGAUAAUGCGACGAAAAGAUUCCUCUAUUCAAACUCAAGUGGCGUCACUCCAGCAAAAGAUUGUAGCUGAGGACAAAGCUGUAGAAGCUCGAACUUUGGAGUUCCUCACCGAAUGGGAACGUAAUAAACCAACAGAUGGCUCCACCAGACCAGAAGAUGCUUUAGCACGCUUGCAGGUUAUGGAAACUCGUUACACCAAACUGAAGGAUGAGAGAGAUAAUGUUGCUAAAGCUAAAGAGGCGCUUGAAUUGCAUGAUACUGGCAGUUCAGUGAACAAUGAACGCAUGACAGUGGUAAUGGAAGAACUUCAGGACUUGCGUGGCGUUUGGUCUUCACUCAGCAAAAUUUGGACUCAAAUUGAUGAUAUUAGAGAGAAACCUUGGCUGUCGGUACAGCCUAGGAAGCUAAGACAACAAUUGGAAGCCAUGUUGAAUGAACUUAAGGAAUUGCCGGCGCGUCUGCGUAUGUACGACAGCUACGAGUAUGUCCGCAAACUUUUGCAGUCCUAUACGAAGGUGAACAUGUUAAUAGUGGAGUUGAAAUCGGACGCUUUGAAGGAGCGUCACUGGCGUCAACUUUGCCGUGCGUUGCGUGUCGAGUGGGCGCUUUCGGAACUGACAUUGGGACAAGUGUGGGAUGCGGACUUAUUACACAACGAGCACACAGUCAAGGAUGUUGUUUCUGUUGCUCAAGGAGAGUUGGCUCUUGAGGAGUUUUUGAAACAGGUUCGCGAGUCAUGGCAGAGCUACGAGCUAGAUUUGAUUAAUUACCAAAACAAGUGCAAAAUCAUUCGCGGCUGGGAUGAUUUGUUCAACAAAGUUAAAGAACAUAUUAACAGUGUAGCCGCUAUGAAACUCUCGCCGUAUUAUAAGGUAUUUGAAGAAGAAGCCCUGACUUGGGAAGAGAAAUUGAACCGCAUCAAUGCUCUGUUCGAUGUAUGGAUUGAUGUACAAAGGCGCUGGGUAUACCUCGAAGGCAUCUUCAGUGGCUCUGCCGAUAUCAAGACUUUGCUACCUGUGGAAACCAGUCGUUUUCAGAGCAUUAGUUCCGAGUUCUUGGGUCUUAUGAAGAAAGUUAGCAAAUCUCCAAUGGUUAUGGAUGUACUUAAUAUACCUGGCGUGCAAAGAUCUUUAGAACGCUUAGCUGAUCUUCUGGGCAAGAUACAGAAGGCACUUGGCGAAUACCUCGAGCGAGAAAGAAGUAGCUUCCCACGUUUCUACUUUGUGGGUGAUGAAGAUUUGCUUGAGAUCAUUGGCAACAGCAAGAACAUAGCUAGACUGCAGAAACACUUCAAGAAAAUGUUCGCUGGCGUUGCGGCUAUUAUUCUUAACGAAGACAAUACUAUUAUUAAUGGAAUAGCUUCCCGUGAGGGAGAAGAGGUGUAUUUUAUAUCGCCAGUAUCUACAAUAGAAAAUCCCAAGAUUAACUCUUGGUUGUCCUUGGUAGAGCGGGAGAUGCGCGUCACUCUUGCCUGUCGGCUCAAGGAUGCUGUGUUUGACGUCAAACAGUUUAAAGAUGGAAAUGUCGACCCACAGAAAUUUAUUGAAUGGUGCGACAAGUAUCAAGCUCAAAUAGUAGUCCUAGCAGCCCAAAUACUCUGGUCAGAAGAUGUUGAGAACGCAUUAACUAAUGGGGGAGGCGAUGGACUUAAACAGGUGCUGUCCCAUGUUGAAAACAUGUUGAAUAUUCUCGCCGAUUCCGUGCUGCAGGAACAACCGCCGCUUAGAAGGAGGAAACUCGAGCACUUGAUCAACGAGUUCGUGCACAAACGUACAGUAACACGUCGUCUCAUCGCUUCUAACGUGACCAGUCCGCGGUCAUUCGAGUGGUUAUGUGAAAUGCGUUUCUACUUUGACCCCAGGAAUAAUGACGUAUUGCAACAGCUGACAAUCCAUAUGGCAAACGCGAAAUUCCUUUACGGGUUCGAGUACCUGGGCGUACAGGACCGCUUGGUGCAGACGCCACUAACGGAUCGCUGCUACCUCACUAUGACGCAAGCACUGGAAGCCCGCCUUGGAGGCUCGCCUUUCGGGCCCGCUGGUACUGGAAAGACUGAAUCUGUAAAGGCGCUUGGAAACCAGCUUGGACGCUUUGUGCUAGUUUUUAAUUGUGAUGAGACAUUUGAUUUCCAAGCUAUGGGAAGGAUCUUUGUUGGACUUUGUCAGGUUGGUGCUUGGGGUUGCUUUGACGAGUUCAAUCGACUGGAAGAGAGAAUGUUGUCGGCCGUGUCACAACAAGUGCAGACCAUACAGGAGGCACUAAAGAGCCACCAGGAAGGCGAUAAUACGGCAAAAUCGAUAACAGUGGAAUUAGUUGGCAAACAAGUGCGCGUGAGUCAGGACAUGGCAAUCUUCAUAACUAUGAACCCGGGCUACGCCGGCCGCUCCAACUUGCCCGACAAUUUGAAGAAACUCUUCCGUAGCUUGGCAAUGACAACACCCGAUAGGCAACUGAUCGCCGAGGUUAUGCUCUUCAGCCAAGGUUUCAGGACAGCCGAAAAGUUGGCUUGCAAAAUUGUGCCUUUCUUCAAACUCUGUGACGAACAACUGUCAAAUCAGUCGCAUUACGAUUUUGGUUUGCGUGCUCUGAAAUCCGUGCUCGUAUCAGCCGGUAACGUUAAACGUGAUCGCAUUCAAAAAAUUAAGGAGAAUCUGAUUGAACGCGGCAACGAAGUACCAGAUGAGGCAUCUAUUGCAGAAUCUCUUCCUGAACAGGACAUUCUCAUCCAAUCGGUCUGUGAGACUAUGGUGCCUAAGCUAGUAGCUGAAGACAUACCUCUACUAUUUUCUCUGCUUAAUGAUGUGUUCCCCAACGUUGGUUAUACUAGGGCUGAGAUGACUGGUUUGAAAAAUGAAAUUCGUAGUGUGUGUGCCGAAGAAUUUUUAGUGUGCGGAGAAGGAGAUGAACAGGGUUCGACUUGGAUGGAUAAGGUACUCCAACUAUACCAAAUUUGUAAACUGAAUCAUGGAUUGAUGAUGGUUGGUCCUUCUGGAAGCGGAAAGUCUACAGCUUGGCGUGUCCUUCUUAAAGCACUUGAAAGAUUUGAAGGUGUAGAAGGAGUGGCGCAUGUGAUAGACCCUAAGGCUAUGUCAAAGGAAACCCUGUAUGGUGUACUUGAUCCCAACACACGUGAAUGGACUGAUGGCUUAUUUACCCAUAUACUAAGGAAAAUAAUCGACAACGUUCGUGGUGAAAUCAACAAGCGACAAUGGAUAAUUUUCGACGGUGACGUGGAUCCAGAGUGGGUUGAGAACUUAAACUCUGUACUGGACGACAACAAACUGCUCACAUUGCCCAACGGCGAGCGAUUGUCACUGCCGCCGAAUGUUCGCGUCAUGUUUGAGGUACAAGAUCUGAAAUAUGCAACACUCGCUACAGUGUCACGGUGCGGUAUGGUUUGGUUCUCCCAAGAUGUAUUAUCAACGGAGAUGAUCUUCGAGAACUACUUGCUGAGGUUAAGAAAUAUUCCUCUGGAAGAUGGCGAGGAAGACUCUUUCAGUAUUGUAAUGGCGGCACCGACCGCUGGUGGAGAUCAGAACUCAACAGAAAACAUACUGUCUCCAGGAUUACAGACUCAACGCGACGUUGCCGCUAUUUUGCAACCUUUGUUCUACGGCGACGGUCUGGUUGUGAAAUGCCUCGAACGUGCAGCUUCCUUAGACCACAUCAUGGACUUCACCCGACACAGAGCGUUGUCAUCUUUACAUUCGAUGCUAAAUCGCGGUGUUAGAAACAUUCUCGCGUACAAUCGACAGCAUCCUGACUUCCCGAUCACAAACGACCAGCUAGAGGCGUAUGUGCCGAAGUGGCUGGUGUACUCUCUCCUAUGGUCUUUUGCUGGUGAUGCUAAAUUGAAGGAUCGUAAUGAGCUGGGUGACUUUAUAAGAUCAGCUAGCACAAUGGUUUUGCCGAAUUGCGGUGCUAACCAACACAUCAUCGACUUCGAGGUGUCUAUAACUGGAGAAUGGGUACCGUGGUCGGCUAAAGUGCCCCAAAUAGAAGUGGAGACGCACAAAGUGGCGGCGCCCGACGUCGUGGUGCCCACGCUGGACACCGUGCGCCACGAGGCACUGCUCUACACCUGGCUAGCGGAGCACAAGCCCUUAGUAUUAUGUGGCCCUCCUGGCUCAGGCAAAACCAUGACUUUGUUCUCUGCCCUCCGAGCAUUACCUGAUAUGGAAGUAGUUGGCCUCAACUUCUCUUCAGCGACAACACCUGAGUUACUACUCAAAACAUUUGAUCACUACUGUGAAUAUCGCAAGACACCUAAUGGCGUGGUGCUUGCACCUGUACAGCUUGGCAAAUGGUUAGUGCUGUUCUGCGAUGAAAUCAAUUUGCCAGAUAUGGACCAGUACGGCACUCAGCGUGUCAUUUCUUUCCUACGUCAAUUGCUCGAACACAAGGGCUUCUACAGGGCAAGUGAUCAUUCAUGGGUCCAUUUGGAGCGCAUUCAGUUCGUAGGGGCUUGUAACCCGCCUACUGAUCCUGGUCGUAAGCCGUUAUCUCAUCGACUGCUUAGACACGUUCCAGUCAUCUAUGUUGAUUAUCCUGGAGAAACUUCCUUGGAACAGAUCUACGGCACGUUCACGCGCGCGAUGCUGCGCAUGCAGCCGGCGCUGCGCGGGUACGCGGAGCCGCUGACGCAGGCCAUGGUGCGCCUGUAUCUGGCUUCGCAGGAGCGCUUCACGCAGGACAUGCAGCCGCACUACGUGUACUCGCCGCGCGAGAUGACGCGCUGGGUGCGCGGCAUCUGCGAGGCCAUCAGACCUCUAGACAAUUUGAGUGUGGAAGGAUUAGUGCGACUCUGGGCUCAUGAAGCUUUGCGUCUCUUCCAAGAUCGUCUGGUUGAAGAUUCCGAAAGACAGUGGACCGAUGAGAACAUAGAUACAGUAGCUAUGAGAUUCUUCCCAGGCAUCAACAAGGAACAAGCUCUGGCUCGACCCAUUCUGUAUAGCAACUGGUUAAGUAAGGAUUACGUACCUGUUCAAAGAGACCAGCUUCGUGAAUAUGUUAAAGCAAGACUUAAGGUAUUUUAUGAAGAAGAACUUGAUGUACCAUUGGUGUUGUUCGACGAAGUGUUAGACCACGUGUUACGUAUCGACCGUAUCUUCCGGCAGCCACAGGGUCACUUGCUUCUCAUCGGAGUAUCGGGAGCUGGUAAAACUACGCUCAGCCGUUUCGUGGCCUGGAUGAAUGGACUUAGCAUCUUCCAGAUAAAGGUGCACAACAAGUACACAGGCGCAGACUUUGACGAGGACUUACGUUCCGUGCUGCGACGCGCCGGCUGUCGCGAUGAAAAGGUUGCCUUCAUUCUUGACGAGUCCAACGUACUGGAUAGUGGGUUCUUAGAACGCAUGAACACGCUGCUUGCCAAUGGAGAGGUUCCUGGUUUAUUCGAAGGCGAUGAAUUCGCAGCGUUGAUGACUCAGUGUAAAGAAGGUGCUCAAAGGGAAGGACUUAUGUUGGACUCCAAUGAUGAAUUAUACAAAUGGUUUACGGGUCAAGUAAUGCGUAAUUUGCACGUAGUGUUUACAAUGAAUCCAUCGUCAGAAGGACUGAAAGACCGCGCGGCCACUUCGCCCGCACUAUUUAAUAGAUGUGUGCUCAACUGGUUCGGCGAUUGGAGCGACGGCGCGUUAUUCCAAGUGGGCAAGGAGUUUACGAGUCGCAUGGACCUUGAGUCGGCGGAGUAUGUCCCGCCGGAGGACUUCCCCGCGGCGUGCGGGGAGCUGGCCGCUCGGCCGUCGCACCGCGACGCCGUGGUGAACGCGUGCGUGUACGUGCACCAAACGCUGCAUCGCGCCAACGCGCGGUUAGCCAAGCGCGCCAACCGCACCAUGGCCAUCACGCCGCGUCACUAUCUGGACUUCAUCCAACAAAUGGUGAAAUUGUAUGCUGAGAAGCGUGCGGAUCUGGAGGAGCAACAAUUGCAUUUGAACGUUGGUCUUGGCAAAAUAGCGGAGACAGUCGAGCAAGUUGAGGAAAUGCAGAAGAGUCUCGCCGUUAAAUCGCAGGAACUACAAGCAAAGAAUGAAGCUGCUAAUGCAAAAUUACGUCAAAUGAUUAAAGAUCAACAUGAAGCCGAAAAGAAGAAAGUUGAAAGCCAGGAAAUUCAGGUUGCCUUAGAAAAGCAGACAAAAGAGAUAGAAGCAAAACGUAGGGAUGUUAUGGCGGACCUUGCUCAAGUGGAGCCGGCUGUCAUCGAGGCGCAAAACGCGGUACGCUCCAUCAAGAAGCAGCAACUGGUUGAAGUACGAUCUAUGGCUAAUCCCCCGUUGGUGGUCAAGAUAGCACUCGAGUCUAUUUGCAUCCUGCUCGGGGAAAAGGGUGACACGUGGAAGGGCAUCCGUUCCGUUGUAAUGAAGGACAACUUUAUAUCGACUAUAGUUAACUUCGAGACUGAGAAUAUCACUGACGACGUGCGCGAGAAAAUGAGAACUCGCUACCUCAGUAACCCAGAUUACAACUUUGAAAAAGUAAACAGAGCCAGUAUGGCCUGCGGUCCUAUGGUCAAAUGGGCUAUCGCUCAGAUCGAAUACGCCGACAUGUUGAAACGUGUUGAACCUCUACGUAAUGAGCUUAGGGCUUUGGAAGACCAGGCACAGACAAAUGUAAAGGCGGGCGAUGAUGUGCGUGAUCUGAUUGAACAAUUGGAAAAGUCUAUAGCUUCAUAUAAAGAGGAGUAUGCGCAACUAAUUAGCCAAGCACAAGCCAUAAAGACUGAUCUUGAAAAUGUCCAAGCUAAGGUUGACAGGUCGAUAGCGCUGCUGAAGAGUCUCGUGAUAGAGCGCGAGCGGUGGGAAGCGAGCUCAGAGACGUUCCGCUCGCAAAUGAGUACCAUCAUCGGCGAUGUGCUGCUAUCCGCCGCGUUCAUCGCUUACGGAGGAUACUUCGACCAACACUACCGUCAAAAUCUGUUCUCGACGUGGACAAGCCACCUGGCGGCCGCCAACAUCAAGUUCCGUGCAGACAUCGCGCGUACAGAGUACCUCAGCAACCCGGACGAGCGGCUCCGCUGGCAGGCCAACGCACUGCCGACGGAUGAACUCUGCGUAGAGAACGCUAUCAUGCUUAAGCGCUUCAACCGCUACCCGCUAAUCAUAGACCCGUCCGGACAAGCCACUGAGUUCAUAAUGCGGGAAUUCAACGAGCGUAAGAUCACCAAGACAUCGUUCCUUGACGAUUCCUUUAGAAAGAAUUUGGAAUCGGCACUACGUUUUGGCAACCCGCUGCUUGUUCAGGAUGUGGAGAACUAUGACCCAAUUUUGAAUCCUGUUCUGAACCGCGAGCUUCGCCGUACCGGCGGUAGAGUUCUAAUCACACUCGGCGACCAGGACAUCGAUCUCAGUCCAUCAUUCGUUAUAUUCCUCAGUACUAGGGACCCAACGGUUGAAUUCCCACCGGACAUGUGCUCCCGUGUGACGUUCGUCAACUUCACUGUGACGCGCUCGUCGCUACAGUCUCAGUGUCUGCAUAGAGUUCUCAAAGCGGAACGACCGGAUAUCGACACCAAACGCUCCGAUCUGCUCAAAUUACAAGGUGAAUUCCAUCUAAGGCUCAGACAACUUGAAAAGUCAUUACUGCAAGCUCUUAACGACGCAAAGGGUAAAAUCCUUGACGACGACUCAGUCAUUGCUACUCUUGAAACACUGAAGAAGGAAGCCGAUGAUAUUGGACAUAAGGUUGAGGAAACUGAUAAAGUUAUAGCUGAAAUAGAAACUGUGAGUCAGCAGUACCUGCCAUUAUCUCAGGCGUGCAGCAGUAUUUACUUCACGAUGGAUUCUCUCAACCAAGUGCACUUCUUGUACCAGUACUCAUUGAAGAUGUUCCUCGACAUAUUCAGUUCUGUGCUGGUGUGUUCUUCGCUAAGCGGCGUCACCGACUACACUGCGAGGCUGAAUAUAAUCACUGAAGAGUUAUUCACGGCGGUGUACGAGCGCGUGGCGCGCGGCAUGCUGCACACGGACCGGCUGACGUUCGCGCUGCUGCUGUGCCGCAUCCAGCUGAAGGGCGCGGGCGCGGGCGGCGACGCGCUGGAGCGCCACUUCGCCGUGUUCCUGCGCGGCAAGGAGGGCUUCGUGGCCGCCACCGACCCGCUCGACCCGCUCUCGCAGCAGCAGCACGACGCCGCCGCGCGCCUCAGCUCCAGGCUGCCGGAGUUCCGGCGGCUGCUGGAGAAGGCAGCGGAGCUGCCCGAGCUGGCGGCGUGGCUGGCGCAGGCCGCGCCCGAGCAGUGCGUGCCCACGCUGUGGGACUCCGAGCCCGCCGCGCCCCCUGCGCCCCACCUUCUCGCCAUGUACCGCCUGCUGCUCAUACAGGCGUUCCGACCUGACCGUGUAAUCGCAGCAGCUACACAACUUGUGGCUGCCGUUUUGGGCAACAGUUUUAUGGCUAAGGCCGAGACCGAGCUAGACCUGGCCACCAUUACCGAGACUCAGCUGAACGCCACCACACCUGCGAUUUUAUGCUCCGUUCCGGGAUACGACGCUAGCGGUCGAGUGGAUGAUAUGGCAACAGAAUUAAAUAAACCGCUUUCAAGUAUCGCUAUUGGAUCAGCUGAAGGAUUCAAUCAAGCUGAACGAGCCAUUAACACUGCAUGCAAGAGUGGACGUUGGGUGAUGCUCAAGAACGUACACUUAGCUCCCGUUUGGCUUGUACAAUUGGAGAAGAAACUGCACUCACUGCAGCCUCAUCCCAACUUCCGUCUAUUCCUCACCACGGAAAUCAGUCCCAAGCUGCCGGUGAACCUCCUGCGCGCUGGUCGUGUGGUUGUAUUCGAACCGCCACCGGGUAUUCGCGCCAACUUGCUCAGGACAUUUGCAACUGUACCAGCGGCUCGCAUGAUGAAACCACCUUCCGAAAGAGCGAGGCUAUAUUUCCUAUUGGCUUGGUUCCAUGGUAUUGUGCAGGAACGUCUCCGCUACGUGCCACUGGGCUGGGCCAAGUACUAUGAGUUCAAUGAGUCCGACUUACGUGUGGCCUGCGAUACCCUUGACACAUGGAUCGAUACAACUGCUAUGGGUCGUACAAACCUGCCCCCGGAGAAGGUCCCUUGGGAGGCACUGGUGACUCUGCUGUCGCAAUGCAUCUACGGAGGCAAGAUCGACAACUUGUUUGACCAGCGUUUGCUGCAUUCAUUCCUGUGCAAACUCUUCACACCCAAGUCAUUUGAAGCGGACUUUGCUCUCGUCGCGAACGUUGAUGGGGCGAGCGGCAACCAGCGCCACAUCACAAUGCCGGAUGGCAACCGACGCGACCACUUCCUUAAGUGGAUUGAAGAGCUCUCCGACCGACAAACACCUUCUUGGCUCGGUCUACCCAAUAACGCGGAGAAGGUCCUCUUAACAACGCAAGGCAGCGACCUCGUGUCCAAAUUAUUGAAGAUGCAACAGCUUGAAGAUGAGGAAGAACUCGCUUACAACGCCUCUCAGGACGACCCCAAUGCCGCUGUAGUGAUCGGUGAUGGCAGACCGGCUUGGAUGAAGUCUCUUCAUCAAACUGCUACAGCCUGGCUGCAGCUGUUCCCACAGGAGUUGCCCACUCUGCGUCGCACCGUGGAGAACAUCAAAGACCCGCUAUACCGUUUCUUCGAGCGCGAGGUAGCGGCCGGGGCCUCGCUGCUGCAACAAGUUUUGCACGAUCUCAAGAACGUCAUUGCCAUCUGUGAGGGGUCGAUGAAGCAGACGAACGAGACGCGCGCGAUGGUGGGCGCGCUGGUGCGCGGCAUGCUGCCGGCGGGCUGGCGGCGCUAUGCCGUGGCGCGCGGAUGCACCGUGCAGCAGUGGGCCGGCGACUUCGCGCGCCGCGUCGCGCAGCUCGCAGCCGUCUCCAGCGCGGUGGCCGAGCGCGGCGCAAAGCGCCUGCAGCUCGCAGCCGUCUCCAGCGCGGUGGCCGAGCGCGGCGCCAAGCGCCUGCAGAGUAUCCCAGUGUGGCUCGGUGGUCUGCUCAACCCGGAAGCAUACAUCACCGCAACACGACAGUGUGUGGCGCAAGCUAACUCCUGGUCGCUUGAAGAACUACACUUACAGGUGACUAUUCCCGACCCGGGCACUCCAACCGAGAACGCACAGACAGAGUGGUCAUUCUCGGUGACGGGACUGAAGCUUCAGGGAGCCACAGUCAAAGGGAACCGCUUGUUGCUUACCAACACGAUCAUGGUGGACUUGCCGUUGACCGUGCUGACAUGGGUUCGCGGUCCGGAGGAGCCGGCGGGUGUGGGGGGUGCGGGUAGCGGCGGGCAGACGCUGACGCUGCCGGUGUACCUGAACAGCGCGCGCUCGGAGCUGCUGUUCACGGUGCGUCUGCAGAUAGCGCCCGCGCAGGACCCGCACGCCUUCUACGAGCGCGGCGUCGCACUGCUCACCUCCACCGCGCUCAACUAA